CCGCCAUGAUGCUGCUGGGCCGAGGGCUGGACGCCAGGGACAAUCAGACUAGACAAAUACAAGAUGCUGUUUCAAAUGUGGAAAAACAUUUUGGUGAAUUGUGCCAAAUAUUUGCUGGAUAUGUUCGUAAAACUGCCAGACUACGAGACAAAGCAGAUCUUCUAGUAAAUGAAAUAUAUGCAUAUGCAGCCACAGAGACACCAAACUUAAAAGUUGGACUGAAAAACUUUGCAGAUGAAUUUUCCAGACUUCAGGAUUAUCGCCAGGCAGAGGUUGACAGGCUUGAAGCCAAGGUUGUUGAACCUCUGAAAAGUUAUGGGACCAUAGUGAAGCUUAAAAGGGAUGAUCUUAAAGCAACUUUAACAGCAAAGAACCGCGAAGCCAAGCAGUUAUCUCAACUGGAAAAGACACGUCAGCGGAAUCCAUCAGAUCGACACAUUAUUUCACAGGCUGAAAGUGAAUUGCAGAGAGCUUCACUGGAUGCAACUCGAACAACGCGGCAAUUAGAGGAAACCAUUGAUAAUUUUGAGAAACAGAAAAUAAAGGACAUAAAAAACAUAUUUUCUGAAUUUAUAACUAUUGAAAUGUUAUUCCAUGGGAAAGCUUUAGAGAUAUAUACUGCUGCCUACCAAAAUAUCCAAAAUAUUGAUGAAAAUGAAGAUUUAGAGGUUUUUCGGAGCUCACUUUAUCCACCAGACUAUCAAUCUCGCUUAGACAUAGUUCGUGCAAAUUCAAAGUCCCCCCUGCAAAGAACUGGCUCCUUAAAAUCUUCAUUGAGGACAGUACAGCCUUAAUCGUGUAACUUAAGAUGAUUCUUAUCAGUGUUUCGGUUGAAGAUGGCCAAAUUUAAAAUGUACAUUUCCCGCUUUUCUUCUUUGGAUAGAAUCAUGCAUUGAUAUUGCAAUGCUAAAAAGUUUUCUUGACUUCAUACAUACCACUACCCCUUCUCUGCUCUCAACACAGAAAGGAUCAAUUAUUAGUUGAGUUAUUCUGUUGAAAGUAUGAGUUGUGCCAUCUGAAAAGAUAAAAGAACGCAGUGAUGCAGUGCACGAAGACCAACCUUGACUUUGAAUAAGUUGCCUAUCCUAUCAAACAAGCAAAUUUCACGUUCAAGCUACUUCAGAAAAUGUUUACCCAUUCAUUUUUUUGAAGACCAGAGGAAGCUGUCAAAAAUCUGUUGCUAUUUUCCUUGAGAACUUCCUGCAGUGCUGUAAAACUGUAUCAGAGGUAUAGAAGCAUCUGUAAUUACUUUGAGGUGCCACACAUAGCUAUGUUUUGGACUCUCUUAAAAAAAAAAAAAAAAACAAAAAAACAAACCAAAAAAAACCCAGCAACAACAGAAAACAAUGUGUGUACACUGUGAUUUCUCUCAGAGAUGGAGUAGAACUCCAUUUUGACGAACUUCCAAGUUUACCUUACUCUUCUCCUAGACCUCUUUUAGCAAUAACUUCAGAUGUUAAUGUUCUCAUAACCUCUAACUGGAAUGCCUGAAAAGAAUGGGAAGUCAUCUAGACCUAGAGGGGAAACUGCAAUGCAUUCAAAAUAAUGUCAUCUUCCUGGGCUAUGCAGUGGAGGAGGAUCACAUGGCAGAAGGAGGAUCUGCAUGAGGAGGAUCACAUGGCAGAAAAAAGGCCUGGAACACCCUACUAAUGCAGUCACUAUAGGGCAGCGAAGAAGAGGCAGGCAUCUUGUUCCAUACAUCCCCCAUGCUGCCUUUUCUGAUUCUGCAAAUAGUAUAUUGCAUCAGGAUCAGUACCUUGAAUUACCCUAAGGGCUCUAAUCUCUGGAACCCACCAAACCCCUCGCUAGCAAAAAAUGCUGCAUUCAGAAAAACCUUCAGGUGACUUGUUUUACCUUUCUGUAAAUCUUUCACUCCCAAAGUUUACACAAGUCUGGUUUCAUGCUACAUAAUAAUCAUUUACUGAUCAUUUACUGACCAUAAUGUAGUACUUUGGAAUUUGCAAUUUAAAGCAAUAUAAAUAACAUGGUAAGCAGUUCACCGAAUCACACAGACUAAGACUACACGGCAGAGGGGGCACACAAACACUGACCUGUAGGUGGGGGGCGCGGGGUGGAUAGUCAGGGCAUACCAGAUGGGAUAAAUGGCACUGGUAACACAAUACUUGUCUUUCAGAGGAUUUAGCAUAUACCAUCCUUGAAUUUAUUUCUGGUUCUGUGGACUACCUUUCUGUAUUAUUUCCAUAUUAAAAAAACUAAAGUA